CAAAUUAAACAUUUCGGGCAUUGUAAGAAAUAUUCGUUGAAUAUAUCUACGCUGUCUAAAACAUUUAUUAAAAUUAUGUUCCGACACAAUGUUUCACAGAUCAACGUAAAUAAUAUCGCCGAUUGUACGCCCCUGCAAAAGAUCUGUCGGAAGCAAUGCUCCAGCUGCGCAUGUGAAACGAGAAGCCGUGCGGGUGCCUAUGCUCUGUGUCGGUUCGGUUCUCUCAGCUUUUUUUUGUCACCGACGUCGUCGAUCCGGAUGUAAUAUCCCGUUCCGUCGCGUUCCGUCGCGACGUACACCGUCACUGACCAGGCGGAAACAUUUCUUACUGUAUAACGCAAUUUUCAAGCUUUGCAUACAGUCCCGGUGUUAUCGCGAACGGGUUCUACCUGGGCCGCCGCGGCUUCUGUUUCAUCGUGAAUUUCACAUCGGCGGUGUCGUCUGCCGACAACGCAUCGUGGCAACGAUCCGUUUCCGUGAGCACGUAAGUUUCUCAGCACGUGUGCGUGCGUGCAUGCGUGCGUGCGUCGUGUUUCGCGUAGUACGUCGGCGACGCAGGCGCGACGGGAACGCGACGAGGACCGACCGAUACACGGCGACGUCGACGACGACGACGAUAAUAACGUGACGGAGAAUCGCGUCGUUUGAUUUUUCAUAAUAUAACGCCUUGACCGAGUGCGGUGCAUUUUUGUUGGAGUAAAGAGCGGGAAUAAAUUUUGGACAAGACGCGAGAUCGUUGAAUCCUGGCCGGGUCUUCGCGCAACAAUCGAUACCACGUCGCUGGCUUUUCGCGACCCGUCGGAAAAUUAAAGCGGCACACCACGACCGGCACGCCAGAAAUAUCGCGAUGCUGACUCGAGGCGCAUUUAGUUGGAGUUCUUCUGGGCUUAUUACUCGCAGGAUUGUCCGCGAGAUUUCCCGAGUCCAAUUUCGGAACAUUAAUAAUUGAAUUGUAUAUUAAUUGUUGUAACAGAUUUUUGCAAAAAAUUAGGUUCGAAAGUAGUGGCAUGUUUUCAAUGCUUUUAGACGCGUUGCGUUUAGAAUAUUGUACAGUGUUCCCUUUUGUAAUCUUUUAUGAUAUAAUGUGCAAAGGUCGGUGAACCUGAAGUUCUGAUAAGUGCUUUAAUGUCGCGGAAAGUAACAAGCAGUUUAGAAUUCCAGUUUUGACAUAUUUACAUCGCUGUCAGAAACAAAGACUGAACUUUGCGUCGCAGAAAACAAAAGACCUCAGCAUCGCGCCUGACUAGAACUAAUGCUAUAUCCCUGCAAAAAUUAUCGGGAAUAACCGAUACGGAGAGGAGUGAUCUAUGGUUAAGAAGGACGCGUGUAUUUUUCUCACGCCAAGUGCGUAUCGUUCCACGUGUCACCGAUAAUCGCGGAACUGGAGAAUGCGUCGCGGUUUUCGUACUAUGUAUUAUAUAUGAGUCACACGCUGAUUCUGACGGACGUAUCGUGUGUGAUUUUCGCUGAAAAGCACCAUCAACGGAGACACUUUAAUCGAAUGCUGUUUCAUUCACAGCACACGAUCAUGUAUCCGAGCAUAAUACUAUUGUCAACCAUGAUGGCCACCAUCACUGCCGAAAGCAUCUUAAUGACUGAGGUCUUUGUCAUUCCCAUUAGACCUGAGAUCUUUGAUUGGAGUGCAGAUGGGCACUCCGAUCAAUUUUCGUAUCAACCAUCGUUACUAAACGCCCCCGAUCUUCCAUCGUGGAUACACUACACGUACAGCAAGAAGGAUCAUCAUGGGUUUUUAUACGGCGUCGCGCCCAAAGAUCAGAAAUAUUUUCAGCUGGAGAUUGUCGGGUUGAACAAGCACACUUACGAAACCCGCUACAAGGUGCUCGACAUGAAUGUACUCGAGAGGGAAAAUCUGACGAAAUACGAGGUGCAUCUGAAGAUCGACAACCUCAACGUGGAGGAUAUGUUCGAUCACAAUCGCACCGAGAAACUCCUCGAUAUAUUUAGGAAGAAGUUGUGGAAAGGUGCUGCGGAUCUGUACGUGACUUUCUUGGCAUCUGCCAUUGAGCUGGGAGCUCGUUUACCUCUCAAGCCUAGCGAAGGUGAAGGGGUCGUCGUCAGAUUGGGCAGCACGGUGCCGUUCUCGCAGGAGCUGAACGAGCUGCAGGAGGAGGUAAAACCACUAUGGAAAAUGCCGUCGUGUCCCAGAGAUUUUAAGAGGACCAGCGUGGAGAUACUUUUCCGCGAGGCUGAGUUCAGAUUAGAUUGGUGCUCCUUUAGAUUGCUCGACGAAGACCAGCACAGUCUGAAGCACAAGAGCCCCAGCGCGAACGUUGUGGAUCUGCCUUCGUCGGGCAUUUCCGAACACACCGAGUGGCGUUGGGCUCGUUCGACGAAAGCCAGCAUACCUACGAGAAGCUACUUCAAGGAAAUCGCCACCACGAUUUUCGUACCGGUCAUUCUGCUCCUCGUGCUGGGCGCCUUACUUAGCACCGCUCUCUGCCUGCAUCACGAGAAAAUCGAGAAACGGGAACCUACGCCAAUGGAGGGAGUCGGAAACAACGGAAUACAAAUGGUGCAGUAUGCUAUGUCGGAGAGAGGUACUCUGAAAUCGCUGUCAGCUCAACCGCCGAGCCCGAGUGAAUCUCUAUCGCGAAGCCCAAGGAUCUCUGGCGAACGCUGUAAUCCAUACGUUCGUCCAAACCCGCCACCUUAUACCGGACCGAGCAAUUUUGCCAGUUUACGUGCUGAUUUCUGACUACACGAGCAGCCCGCGAAGACAUGGUUUUGCUGAAUUAUAGUUCGCGGGUGGCUUUCAAUCAACGUAUUCACGGUAUGCCGGUAAAUUCAUCGAAACCAGCUCCAAAUUUGCAAGUUGAAUCAGAUAUUAAAUACAUGUGUCACUAGUUAUCGGUAACCAUAAAUAUGUACUUGCGUCACGCUUCCCAAGCCUGGUUCGCUGAUAUGUUAAGUGCUUUUUGAGAAGUUGAUUUGCGUCUAGAAAAUUUUUCGUAGACAAAUAUAGACGCAAAUAGAGUUGUGAACAUAAAGGACUGUUUUUCUUGGACAAUAUGUUGCACAGGACUACUUAUGCAUUGUAACAAAUUAUAUUGUAUGACAUUUGAUGUGAUUGUAUUUUAAAAUAGUUGUAGCGCGAUAUAUUUCUAUUGAAAUAAGCAAUAAAUGUACGAUA